CUUUAACGUCUAAAGAGAGAUAAGCUUGGAGGGAGCUAGGUUACCACUCUGUGAGGAAACUCUCUCUCUCUCUCUCUCUCUCUCUCUCUCUCUCAAAAGAAGUCAAAGAAGAACUAACUUAGUUCCUUAUGCCAUCCAUGAAGAUUAGUCUUGUUCAAUUAGGGUUUCAUCUGGAGUAGGUCUUUGUUCAAAAAGCACCAACCUUUUCUUCUGGUGAUCAUAGACCUCUCUUGGUUUUCUCGAGCGCGCUUCAGAGCCUGUAUGAAGAAUCUAGAAAUCAGGUAUUUCUAAGACUGGAAGCCAUGGAGUUUUACGAAAUUAAAAGAGGGAAUUCAGACGAAGAACAAGAAGAAGACAGAGAGGAGCUGAUGAGAGACUUGGAAUUCGAAGGUAACCCUAGUUACUAUUCAUCUUCUUCCUAUAAUUCUACCAACAACCACCAAAGGCCAUUUUUCGGGGCGUCUUUUGAUGUGUGGGGAGAAGAUAUUUCAAGGUCUUACCAUGGAGCUGCUGUUGCUGCAACCAGGAUCCAAGAAUUAGACCUAAUGGACUCAGUACCACCACCACCACCACCAUCAACUCGUUCUACAGACCAAUCUUACCAACUGGUCGGUAGCAGCAGUGAUGCUGGUGGCGAUGGUAGUAGCAGUAGUUUCUCUACGUUAGAGAAGGAACACAUGUUCCACAAGGUCGUGACACCGAGCGACGUCGGGAAGCUGAACCGCCUCGUGAUACCAAAGCAACACGCCGAGAAAUACUUCCCCCUCGACGACGACCAGAUGAAGGGCCUCCUCCUGAAUUUCGAAGACCGGAACGGGAAGGAGUGGCGGUUCAGGUACUCUUACUGGAACAGCAGCCAGAGCUACGUCAUGACCAAGGGCUGGAGCCGAUUCGUGAAGGACAAGAAACUCGAUGCCGGAGACGUCGUGUCUUUCGACCGCGGCGUUGGGGAAUCGGGCAAGGACCGGCUAUUCAUAGACUGGAGGCAUCGGACGCUACCCGACGCAUCUCAUCACACGAUCAACGCUCCGUCGGGGAUCCAGUGGGGCCGGCUCGUAUACCCAAUGCCUCCUUCCAUGCCUAUCCCCAUGUUCCGUCCUGAUUACCUCUAUCAUCAGAAUCAUCAGAAUCAAUGGAACGGUCGCAAUAGUAGCAAUUAUAGCAGUGGAAUACAUGAGUACGGUGCGAUGAAUUUGGGACAAUUAGGGGCUGCACAGGAAAUGGGAGGUAUGAUUAGGACUAGGGUUAUAAAUUCGGUCCCAGCGAUACACAAUAAUGCUGCUGCUGUCGCACCCAAGCGUUUGAGGCUAUUCGGAGUGAACAUGGAUUGUUCUUCCUCACCAGUACAAGAGUAUUCCGAAAGCGUGGUGUUGCCUUCAGUACCGCUGCGUUUCGCGACGACUGCAACGGAAUUAGCACCUUCUAUAGGUGUUCUUCCUCUUUCGCAAUCAAGGCAUUACGAUUAUGAUGGUUCCCCGAUGCCUAAUUUGCCGACGUCCGACUCGCGAGGAAAAGGGUACCGUCGUUAGAAAUAUAAGGAUAUAUAUGAGAGGAAUUUGGUUUGAGUUUUGGUUUUGGUUGAAUUAAACCUAAUUUUCUUGCUUUUAAAUUAAUUAGCAUCUCGAUCGAAUUUAUAUAGAUAUAUGCUCAAUCAGGUAAACAAGAAUACAUAUAUGUUAUGUUUCAAGUGACCAAACCCUUACUAUGGAGGGAUUACCAUUUAUAAUAAAGAAUUUAUGUAAUUAAGUUAGGAGUCACUUA